UCGAAAAUGAUAAUCCACAUCUAGGCUGACACAAAACACAAACAAUAAAAAUCAAAUAGAAAAAAACACACUCACACACAAUUCAAUUGAAUUUUUGUUCUGAGCAUAGACCGCUUCAACGCGUAUCAACAUUUCAAAUGCGCCAUAAAAUUGUGUGAAGCGUUUUAGUUUUUUUCUUUAUUUCUUUUUCUUCGUUUCGACGACUGGCAAGAUUGUUCUUCAUCAAGAGACAGUCUGUGCCGAAAACGGGCUUCAAUCAGCCGAAAUUACACAGAGGGAGAAAGUAAAGGGGAAUUUCAUCAUCGAUACAAAUUUUGAUGUGGAAAAUGUUCGAAAGCGAUUUUUUCGAAUGUGGUGAUGAUGCGUGCGACGGUCCAGGACCACCACCAAAAUUCCAUUUACCACCGCCGCCACGGCCACCAUUUCUGCAAGAUUUAAAUGCAGUCCUUGGAACAACCAUCGAAUGCUCAGAGGAUGGACUUUAUGAUUUGGAUGUUUGUGCUGCCAUUCCGAAUUUCGAUGCCAAUUUUCGGAACAAUUCAAUGCUACAAACAUCGGCAAUAAUUGCCGUUUGUUCGAUUUGUGUGCUAUUAGUCAUUCUAUUUUCAUCACUGUUCCUGUGGAAACAUAAAAGAAAGAUGCCAAAUUUCUGGCCAUGCAAAUCGUUGCCGAAGCGAAACGGACACUUGGACACGAGCGGAGUUUCAACUGGUGGUCAUUCAGUAGCAUACGAAGAUCCUGAUGCACAUCUACACCAUCAUCCAUUGGUACGGCAUCACAAUAUGGAGAUGUUGCACCCGAAGACAAUUCAUUUUCCAAGUGGAUACCCAAUUUCACGUUCACCGCCAGUAUUUGUAUGUGCAUCGCCGGGACCAGAUCCAUACCGUUCACUGGAUAAUGUUUACGAAGAAUUAGGUCCACGUGAUUCGGAUAUUGAGAGUGAACCGCGUGUACAAUCGGAUGAUGACUUUGCUGAAGAUGAAUUGAGUUUGAAUGGAGGCGCCGCACAACCAUAUCACAUUUCUACAUCAAUUCAAGAUGGAGCAUUAGCAACGGCAAACACACCGAUUCCAAUGGCAACAUCCACCUCAACAUGUGCUGCCAUCUCGCAAACAAUUCCAUCAAUUUCAAGUUUAUACAACGAAUGUAUGAAUAGCAGUAGCGCAGUCAAUGGAAACCAUUGUGGCAGUGAUAAUAACAAUGGCGAAAAUAGUCAAAGCAAUCCAAACGAAAUGGAACGCAAUUCAAAUGAUCGACAUUCGUUGAUUUCAUCAUCGUCGUCAUCGGCAUCGACGGCACCGGUCAACGAUGGUGCAGCCGGUAAUAGUAAUAGUUCGUUUAGUAGUGGUCCAACACGAAUUGCUAGUCCUGAUAGUGGUUUAGCGUUACGCAAUCGAACAAAACGAAUGCGAAACGGUGGCGGUGUUGGUAGUGCGGGAAAAAUGACACCAUCACCGGCCAGCGAUUUGCCAAUUGGAAAUCGCAUGAACAAUGAAAAUGGUAGCCACGAUGAUACAUCAUCAGAAUCGAAUCAUUUGAUGAAUCAACAUCAGUACUAUAAUCAUCAUCAUCACCAUCAUCAUCAAAGCCAGAACCAUAAUUACAAUCAAUAUCGAAGUAACAAUAAUGUAGAAUUAAGUCAUAGUAAUUCAAAUAACAGUAGCAUAAGCAAUCAAUUGAAUAAUGUAAAUAAUAAUGUGAAUAGUCGAAAUGUUGGCAAUGCAAUGUCAAAUGGUAGCGGUCACAUGAAUGGCUCGAAUAGCAGUGACGUUGAGCGUCACAAUCAAAUCAAUAAACAAUUAACAUCGGCCAUCGAACAUCCAAUAAUACCGAAAUUCGGUGGUAAUCGAACAACCGUACCAACCAGCUAUCAAAGUCAAAUGGCACAAGAUCAAAUGAUUUCGACCAUUUUCCCUGGCCGUUUAAUCAAUAGCAAUUCGAAUUUAAAUAAUUAUAAUCGCAUCCAAAUGCAAAAUCAAUACUAUGCACCCAGCGAUAAUGUGGUUCGGUGUUCGGGCAAUGGUAACAGUCGAUCGCGUACAAAUCCACGUUCAUCGCGACACAGAAGCUCGGGUAAUACACUACCAUAUUCCUAUCAAAAUGACAACACAUAUAGCUAUGCGGAACCAGUAUUCCAUGAAGAUAUGGCAAGUGCGUGUGCACCACCACCAUUGCACGGUGGCUAUCGAACAAUUUCCACAUCGAAUCGUCGACCGUAUCAUCCAUCGUCAUACACGCCAAAUUAUCAAAAUUACGGCGAUCGCGAUCAACGUCAUUCGCGUAGUAGGAAUCAUAUUGGCAUACCGUCCACAUCCAGCGAAAUGGGACACAUUCAACCAAUUUACUCGCAUGACUCGAGUUUUGGUUCAGAUUCUGGUUACAGUCAAUACACACAAAAUAGCCGAGCCAAAAGUGACGGAAGCAAUUCCGCUCAUAGUGGCAGUAGUAAUGGUAACAAUGCAUCUUCGCUGUCAAAUAUGUUUUCAUGGGCACGAAAAGAUCGAAAUAAAAGCAACGGUAAACCGAUUCCACCGAUGCGAAAUUCCUAAACAAAAAAAUGUGAUGAUAUAUUUAUGAAUAAUAAGUUGAGCCAUUUAAAUGAUCAUUGAAAAUGACAUUGCAAUUCCAAAAUUUAUUAAAUAAAAUGAGAACAAAAAAAAAACACACACACAAACACACAUAAUAUCUUAAUUUAAAA